AUGACACGGCCCACGCCAUCACCACCACCACCACCCAAAUCCUCUAUAAAAUCUUCAUUCUUUUUGUUACCUUUUUCAUAUUCAUUUUCCUCUCCAAAAGAAGACACCAUGGAUAAUGGCACAAGGACAGUGUAUUCAACUCCAGUAGUUCAAUCCCUCCUCCAAACAGACCAACCACCAUCAUCUCGGCGCCAUAAGCCAAAGAAAUCAUCAACCAAACGGGCGGCCAAGAAAACCUUCAAAGCAUCAGACGAGUUAUCAAACCUACUCCCAACAGGCUCCGUCCUCGCCUUCCAAACCCUAGCUCCCGUCAUAACCCAGCAAGGGAAAUACGUGACCACCGCCUUUCUCUCCCUAUGCGCCGCCUCAUGCUUCUUCAGCUGCUUCACUGACAGCUUCAUUGAUCGAAAGGGAAAAGUCAGGUACGGGGUGGCGACAUUCCGGGGGAUUUGGGUUAUCGACAGUUCGGAGGAAGACGGUGGAAUAUCGAAGGAGGAGGCGGCCAAGUAUAAGGUGGGAUUUAUGGAUUUCUUCCAUGCGGGUUUGUCGGUUCUUGUGUUUGUUGGGUUGACUCUUUUUGAUAAGGAUGUGAUCAACUGUUUCUUUUCGGGGUCAUCGAAGACAAUCGAAGAAAUCCUUUUGAUAAUUCCACUUGUGAUAACGGUUGUUUGUAGUGUCCUUUUUGUUUUGUUCCCUACCAAACGCCAUGGAAUUGGACAUGCUCUCUCACAGCCCGCCGCGACGGCGUAG